AAUCAACCUUUUUUUUUAUUGCGCGUACGGGGGGGAGAUGUGGGGGUGCGCGCUGGGGAAUCUCUCCCAGCCACGCGCAGUAGCGUGCUCAUCUACUGCAGAGCGGAGAGACAGCCGGUGCUGCUACUACUACCGGCCAACAAAGAGACACUCACCGGCUCCUAGUGAUCCGUUGAAUACAUGAUAAAGUGACGAGGAACGCAGCGGAGGAUUUCUACGUGACAUUGCUUCUUUGAUCGGCUUUUUUGGUUUAUAGCCGUCUUAGGCGUACUGCGAUCGUGUUGCCAUGGAACUCGAGCACUUCGACGAGCGGGACAAGGCGCAGAGGUCCAACCGGAGGGGUUCGCGGGGCACCGGGCUCCCCAGUCCCACACACAGCGCGCACUGCAGCCUGUACCGGACCCGCACCCUGCGCACGCUCAGUUCCGAGAAGAAGGCCAAGAAGGUCCGAUUCUACCGCAACGGGGACCGCUACUUCAACGGGAUCGUUUACGCCAUCUCCCAGGAGCGGUUUGGCUCGCUGGACGCCCUUCUGGCCGACCUGACCCGAGCUCUGUCCGACAACGUGAACCUCCCCCAGGGUGUGCGGACCAUCUACUCCAUAGAUGGGACGACGAAAAUCACAAGCAUGGAACAGUUGGUCGAGGGGGAGAGCUACGUGUGCGGCUCCAUCGAGCCCUACAAGCUGGUCGACUACACCAAGAACGUCAACCCCAACUGGGCGGUGGGCGCAAAGACGGCCGCGUCGGCGCGCUCCCCGGCCCCGCUGUGCACCAGCGUCGCCAAGCUGGGCCCGGCGCCCGAGAGCCGCGACUACAUCCGGCCCAAGCUGGUGACCAUCGUCCGGAGCGGGGUGAAGCCGCGCAAGGCGGUGCGCAUCCUGCUCAACAAGAAGACGGCGCACUCCUUCGACCAGGUGAUGACGGACGUCACCGACGCCGUCAAGUUGGACUCGGGCGUCGUGAAGAAGCUGUACACCGUGGACGGGAAGCUGGUGAGCUGUCUCCAGGAUUUCUUCGGGGAUGAAGAUAUCUUCAUCGCCUGUGGACCAGAGAAGUUUCGUUACCAGGACGAUCUUCUGCUUGAGCACAGUGAGUGCAGGGUGGCCAAGUCCUCGUCGUAUGGUCGGAUCUCUCCGCUACUGGGUCGAAGCCUGCCUAGAGGUGGGGUCGCAUCCCUCCGAAGAUCCCCCUCCUCCAUCAGCUCCGCCAAUGGAACAGCAGGAAGCCAGCUGUCUACGCCAAGAUCCGGGAAGUCUCCAAGUCCGUCUCCAACCAGCCCUGCUAGCCUACGACGACGACGGAGCUCUCAGCAGGGUGGCUCCUCCCUCUCUCUGGCCUCCACCAGGGUAUGUGACUCCCUGGACGACUGGGACACCCCCCAGAGCGAUGCUGAUGGGGCAGAUGGCUCCGCCCACAUCCCUCCCUCCAUGGCUGAGCGCUACAGAGUGGGCCGGACACUGGGGGGCGGGGCCUUCGCUGUGGUGAAGGAGUGUGUGGAGAGGUCGACAGGCCGAGAGUUCGCUCUCAAGGUCAUCAACAAAGACAAGUGUAUAGGGAAGGAACACAUGGUCCAGAGUGAGCUAUCCAUCCUGCGGAGGAUCAAACAUCCCAACAUCGUUCUGCUCAUCGAGGAGAUGGAUACCCCAAAUGAACUCUAUCUCGUCAUGGAGCUAGUUAAGGGGGGCGACCUGUUUGACGCCGUCUCCUCCUCUAGCAAGUACACGGAGCGAGACGCCGCCUGCAUGCUGUUCAACCUGGCCAGCGCCAUCAAGUACCUCCACGGCCUCAACAUCGUCCACCGAGACAUCAAACCAGAGAACCUGCUGGUGUACGAGCACCUGGACAGCAGCCGCUCUCUGAAGCUGGGAGACUUCGGCCUGGCUACCAUGGUGACCGGCCCGCUGUAUGCCGUCUGCGGCACGCCCACCUACGUAGCACCGGAGGUCCUCGAUGAGACCGGUUAUGGUCUGGAGGUUGAUGUGUGGGCUGCUGGGGUUGUAGCUUACAUCCUGCUGUGUGGCUUCCCUCCCUUCCAAGGGAGCGGGGACAACCAGGAGGUUCUGUUUGAGCAGAUACAGAGCGGCCAUCUUGAAUUUCCCUCUCCCUCCUGGGACGGCGUCUCGGAUGCUGCCAUGGAUCUGGUUGGUGGGAUGCUGGAGAGGGGGCGGGGCCAGAGGUUCACACCUAUGCAGGUGCUAGAACACCACUGGGUCAAGGACGAACGCUUGCCAGAGAAUGAGCCACACCUCUCCAUCGCUGGGAAGAUCAGGAAGCAUUUCAACACAAGGACCAGAACCACUAGCACCUCCGCUGGAGUGGCCGUGAUCACCAGCACCCCAUUGGAUAAGGAGAAGCAGGGCAUACGGCGGAGGCGUGGCUCUCAGGACACCAGGCGGGCGGGGUCACGGGGGCCGUCCAACCAGCUGCCGCGCGCCGAGUCAGAGGACCCCCCACCGGGCGCCGCGGACACCACCCACUCCAACGCCUCGCUCUUCUAGGCUCCCCACCUUCUAGAAUCCAAUGGUACCCCCACCUCGUCCUUCUGCUAGACACCCCCCCGCCCAACUCAAACCCCCACUUCCACCACCACCAACCACCACCUCAUAGAACCCCCCCCCCCCCCCCCCAAGCAAGACCAACCUACCCUUUCUUAUGGUACACUAACUAGAAUGCCCCCGCCUCAGAAUCCCCCCCCCUCCUCCCCAUACUUCGGGCUGUCCUGGGACACUAUAUGUUUAAAAUGGAAGGACCUACUCUGGGCUGUGGUGAUGUAAUGGACGGUGACGGUCACCAUCUCGCUGGAACCUGCUGUGCUGGGAUGUUUGGUUGCCAUGGUCACAAAGCUGUCCUUGCCUGUUGUUCAAUGUUUACUCUUGCACAACACGGGGGUGAAACUGGAGUCAGUACAAGUGUGACAUUUUUCUGAUCUGUAUUUCUUAUAAUUUUCUACAAAGCAUGCAGUGGUCCAACGUGGUGGACCACCCUACUCCGGGGGGUGUAAACUGAGAAAGCGCAUGUUGAAGACUCAAGGCGUGACUACUUUUAUUGUGAAAGAUUGUCCUAAUUCUCUUAACUAACUCCGGUUUGUACAGUUUCUACAGUAAUAAGUUAUAAGAUGGCACUUAACUUCCGAUCCAACUUUACUCUGGUUUGGUUGUCAAGUGGAUUCAGCCCAUGUCUAGUAUUAAAAGUGUGAGUGGUAAAUGAUGGCAGGGUUCCAGAUGAAUGUUCUAGGUGUGUAGUUGACAGGGCUGCAUGCCUAAAGGCCUUAUCUUUACGUUAUCUAUACCUUGGCACAAGAGUAAAGAUAGAGUAUGGAUCACUUAUAAAGAGUGUAAGUGCAAUUAGGCGCAUUACCCGUUAAGCACAGUGUCAAAAUCCAGGAGUAAUGAGUUGUCAACUUUGCUCUCAAAUAGUUGUGGCAUUAAAGAUGAAACCAAACACCUAACAGCAUACUGCAGGAACAGCGCCCAGCUGACAUUUUGAGCCAUAAAGGAACGUUGGCUAUGUAGUUAGGUGUGUGGAUGGAUAUCGUUUGGUUUCUCUUUGAAUGAAAGGGCAGAUACAGUAAGAGCUGAGCUACUUGAACACAGGAACUCUGUAAAAAUGGUGGUGGAUGCAACAAAGUGCUUCCAGUACUAAAGCUGAUUGUAUCAACAAACAUAGGUGACUCUUCCUAUGGUGUGAAUGUGUGUCAUUGUGAAAAACAAACCCAUGGAAACCAUCGGUCUGAAUAUUCAUGGCCGUGAAUGUCCCGGGUUGUAAUCUGCAUGUGUGAUUACGGGAUUUCCAAAGCCACCGUAAGAAGCUAUUUGGUGAUUGUUAUCUUUAUGUUUGGUAGAAAGUGGCAUUCUAUUAAUAUGCUGUUGCCAUAAAGGAUUGGUUCUGAUGCCGAUGGGUAUCCCGUGAACCCGCCUGUUAUCUAGUGUCAGCGACCGUGGUACGUUGAGAGGGUAACUCUGAGUAUGGUAGGGGCUUGUGAUUGGUCAAGAGUUAAAUGAAGAGUGGGAGAGAUGGAAAGGGAUGGUUCUGUAUGAUCUGUUUGCAAGGGUGAGUUAUAAUAAAUGUGUUUUUGACCCUCACCUCUGUAUUCUGCUUUAGUCCGUAACUUACACCUUACACUGCUCUCUGUGUGCCAUGCACUCAUCUGUCUCCACCUGUGAACUUGACCUUCUGAUUGCUGAAGGAUGGCAUAGUUCUGGCCUCAUGCAAGGAUUAUUUUUUCCAGAUUUGUCAGACUAAUCAAAUAAUCAUCCAAAGGGUAUAAAAAUAAUUCCACAUUUUACGCCCUCUUGCCUUUGAGGCAACAUUCAUAUCUCCCAUAUGACAGUUGUAUGUACUUAAGUUAGGCCUACGAAUAUGAAUAAUCCAUAACAUGAAGGCAGCACUUUGACAGUCUAUCUGCUAUGGUCUUAAGUAAGAAUUGUGAGUAUAAAGUAAGCAUUAAGGAGAAAAACUUGAUUGAAACUGAAAUCUUUUUAACUAUGAUUGUAUUGGCCUGUGUUUGGAGCUAUACCGCUAAGCUAAUUGAAUGUCAGACUAGAUGAGCCUCAUCACUUGUCUGUAGCAUAUAGAUAACACCUGUUAUGCAUCGUUCAAUGUGUUUUUCAUAUAAAAAACAUUUAGAUUCCAGUAUCACAUAGUAAAACAUAAUUCAGCUAUUGUAAACAACCACGGAUGUCCAACCCUCCAAUAAAAAGAAAAUUGCAUACUGAA